ACCAGUCCAGUCCGUGUGUCUCUGUGCGUGUGAGCAGUGAUCUGCUGUCCUUCAUGGGGAUCAUGUAUGGAGAUGGAGACCUGCUCGGACGCCCCCGAAGGGACUGCAUGUGUUACCUGGGACCACCGACCACCUUGAUGCCCAUCGGAAUGCGUAAAUCCCCCGAGGUGAGUCCCAGAAGGCUGUCCGACAUCAGCCCCCAACUCCGCCAGCUCAAGUACCUGGUGGUGGAUGAAUCAAUUAAAGAGGACCUGAAGUCAUCUCGAUCAGUUGAGGACAUCAACAGCGCGUCCAUCGAGGAGAGGAUCUUGAGAAUCACGGGCUAUUAUGGCUACCAGCCGUGGAAUGCCGUUUAUAAGAGGGAGGACCGGCCGAGGGAGAACAUUGUGGGCACUGCCGAUGGACAGGCGAUGGUGGGCGGAGCUGGGGCAGAGGCAGGGCCGGGGAGGCAGAGAUUAAACUGCUGUGUGCGAGUGACAGCCGUCCAAGUGCGAAAAGCAAUAUGGGGAGUGGCCAUGGUGAUGUGCGUGUGCUCGUCAUGGGCAGGCUCCACCCAGCUGGCCAAACUGACCUUCAAGCAGUACGACGCACCGUUCACUCUCACAUGGUUCGCCACCACGUGGAACUGCCUCUUCUUUCCUCUGUAUUACAUCGGCCAUCUGUGCAAGAGUCCUGAGAGACAGACACCAAAACAGAGGUUUAGAGAGUGCUGUCGGUUCUUUGGGGAUGAUGGACUGACGGCAAAGGUGUUCCUCACUAAAGUGGCCCCUUUCGGCCUGCUGUGUAUUAUGACAAACUACCUAUACCUUCAGGCUCUGAGAAAGAUCAACAGCACCGAUGUAUCGGCCCUCUUCUGCUGUAACAAGGCCUUCGUCUUUCUCUUGUCCUGGAUCGUACUGCGGGAUCGCUUCAUGGGCGUCAGGGUGAGUGAGUGGAUGGAUGGAUUGUUGGAUAUUCCUAAAUGCAUCUACUUUCCACAUGUUGAGUACUUCACAUCCAUAGCUGAUCUUCCCUGGGCCUACCUGUGUGGAGUAGCUGGACUCUUACUUGCGUUCAAUAUUCUGGUGAAUUUUGGCAUUGCUAUUACAUACCCUACACUGAUUUCACUUGGCAUUGUGCUGAGUGUCCCAGUCAAUGCAAUGGUGGACCUGUACACCUGUGAUAUCCACUUCAACACAGUGCGACUCAUCGCUGUGUUCAUCAUCUGUCUGGGCUUCCUGAUGCUGCUGUUACCAGAGGACUGGGAUCAGUGUUUGAUUGAGCUCAGCACCAAACUCAGAAAGCGGGAACAACCUGUUGAGCCGGCUGAGACUGCAACCAGCUCAGGACUCAAAUGGACCCGACGGGCCAGGACCUCCAUGUCCACAUUUUCCCACUGACACGCAUUUACCUUUUCCCGUUCAAAGUCCAGUGACUGGACGAUGCUGGAAAUAGUAUUCAUUCCAUAAUAUUUCUCAGUCAACAAGGCUCCAUAGGCCAUAAUUUACCAUCGUGCACAUUACAACAGAAGCUUUCUGAAAGCAAAUCAUGUUUUGCAGUUCUCCCAACUGUAAGUGGAUUUGAACAAUGACUUGGGUCUUUAUUUGAAACUCAAGAGCGGGGGUCUCAAACUACCAACAUACGGGCCAUUGGGUUAAUAGUUUAUCUUUAAAUGC